GAGCGCUACCGCGGCUACCAAGGCGGCGGCGCGGGCGCUCGGCCGGGACCCUUCCCUGCGUCGCCACUAGAUGGCGCGCUCGGCCCGCCGUUCGUGGCUAAACUAGGGCGGGUGGGGAGGGAGUAGGGAGGAGGACGUCGGUUGCCUUGGAAAUGCAGGGCGCGGCAGCUGCUGCGGUGGAGCCCGUAGGCCUGGCCGGCGGGCUGAAAGGAAGUGCGAGCUGUUCGCCCAGGGCCGGGUAUCCGCCCCCUGCAGGCUGUGGAGGGGAUGUCAGGAGACUGGCUGGCCUCUUUUCUUGGCCCCCGACUCCUUCCAGUCUGACACUGAAGACUUUAUAAGCUUCCCCCCGACCACCCUCCACGGGCUCCACUCUCCACGGGCCCCUCUCUACGGGCCUGGGCUUGCGCCGCUUCGAGAUCAGCCUGGGGGUCGCGCCCUCCUGGUCUUGUCCACGAAGCGCCGUUCUUGGGCCGUUAGGAGCUGCUGGGAAGGGCUCUGAUAGGCCCACUCCUCUUCUCCACCCAGGAUAUGAGAAGGAGGGCAGGCCUUUUUAAUCUGAUCAGAAUGUUAACCCAUCUCUCCGCCUUGCGGUAGAACCCCUGGAUACAUUAUUUGCCCUCUCGAAAGGCAGGCUCUGAAUUUGAUUCAGGUAUAUUUCUUAAUAGCUAACCAGCACAAUGGAAAACUCAGGGAAAGCAAAUAAAAAGGAUACACAUGACAGGCCACCAAAAGAAAUUAAACUGCCUACCAGUGAAGCACUUCUAGACUAUCAAUGUCAAAUAAAGGAAGAUGCCGUGGAGCAAUUCAUGUUUCAAAUAAAGACACUUAGGAAAAAGAACCAAAAAUAUCAUGAAAGAAAUAGCCGCUUAAAAGAAGAACAGAUUUGGCACAUACGGCAUCUACUAAAGGAACUGAGUGAAGAGAAGGCAGAGGGAUUGCCAGUUGUAACAAGAGAGGAUGUUGAAGCAGCGAUGAAGGAAAAAUGGAAGUUUGAAAGAGACCAGGAGAAAAACUUGAGAGAUAUGCGCAUGCAAAUAAGUAAUGCUGAGAAACUAUUUCUUGAGAAACUCAGUGAAAAGGAAUAUUGGGAGGAGUACAAGAAUGUAGGGAGUGAACGACAUGCUAAACUCAUUACCUCCUUACAAAAUGACAUCAACACAGUUAAAGAGAAUGCAGAGAAAAUGUCAGAACACUAUAAAAUCACUCUGGAAGAUACUAGAAAGAAAAUAAUCAAGGAAACUUUGUUGCAACUGGACCAAAAGAAGGAAUGGGCCACACAGAAUGCUGUAAAGCUCAUUGACAAGGGCAGUUAUCUAGAGAUCUGGGAGAAUGACUGGCUCAAAAAAGAGGUUGCAAUUCACAGGAAGGAAGUUGAAGAAUUAAAAAAUGCUAUUCAUGAACUGGAAGCAGAAAAUUUGGUGCUUAUUGAUCAACUAUUCAACUGUAGACUUGUGGAUCUCAAGAUACCCAGGCGACUAUAUCUCACCCAAGCUGCUGGACUAGAAGUGCCACCUGAAGAAAUGUCUUUGGAAUUGCCAGAAACACAUAUAGAAGAGAAGUCAGAAUUGCAACCCACAGAAGUAGAAAGUAGAGACUUGAUGUCCUCAUCAGAUGAGAGCACUAUCUUACAUCUUAGUCAUGAAAAUAGCAUCGAAGAUCUCCAGUAUGUGAAGAUAGAUAAAGAGGAAAACUUAUGCACAGAGUUUGGGGACACUGAUAUGAAGUACUUACUAUAUGAGGAUGAGAAGGAUUUCAAGUGUCUGUCUUCUCCCAAAACAAGCAACCCUAGAGACCAAGAUAAAAGCAGCAAUUUGGCUGUGGUGGCUCAUGCCUGUAACCCCAGCACUUUGGGAAGCUGAGGUGGGCGGAUCACCUGAGGUCGGAAAUUUGAGACCAGCCUGGCCAACACGGUGAAACCCUAUCUCUACUAAAUAUACCAAAAAUAGCUGGGCAUGGUGGUGCGUGCCUGUAAUCCCAGCUAGUUGACCGGCUGAGGCAGGAGAAUCGCCUGAACCUGGGAAGCAGAGGUUGCAGUGAGCAGAGACUGUAUCAUUGCACUCCAGCCUGGGUGACAGAGCGAGACUCUGAAAAGAAAGAAAGAAAAAAGAAAAAGAAAGAGAGAGAGAGAGAAAGAAAGAAAGAAAGAGAAGGAAAGAAAGAGAACGAAAGAAAGAAAAGAAAGAAAGAAAGAGGGAAGGAGGAAAGGAAGGAAGAAAGGAAGGAAAGAAGGAAGGAAAGAAAGAAGGCAGUUUUAUAUGGCUUAGCCUUGGAAAUCAUACAUUGUCACUUCCAUCAUAUUCUACUGGUUGAUGUAGUUACAAAGUUCCAUCCAAGGGGAAGGAACAUAGCUCCUACAUCUUGAUGGAGGAAGGUCAGUAUCACAUUGUAAGAGAAGCACUUGGGAUAGGAUAUGAAUUAGACUAUCUUUGGAAAGUACAGAUUGCACAUAUACCAUUCAUUAAAACCUGGAGUAUUAAGCCUUUUAAUUUUGAAACUUCUUUCUAGUACAUUCCAGUUACUCCCACAGCCAUCCCUUGUUAUUUUCCCUCUUGAUACUUUAAAAGUUCUCCUAGAAUUUGAUGUCUGGUAGUGGAAAAAAUGAUGUAAGAAAGCAGAAGAAACUGAAUAAACCAACACAAACCAUUUUAACUAA